UGGCCACCGGGAACCAGCGACCCUUUCACCUCAGUUUGUCUCAGUCCGGCAUUUGCAGCGGAGCGGAAAGUGGCAGAAUUCCUGAAGAAGAGCCUGAUGAUUUCAUCAUCCUCUCAUUCAUACGGCCCGGGCCUGGAGGCAGCGCUCUCGGAGCUGACCGCGGAGACUGGCGUGCCCGUUGUGUUUGUGAAACAGAGGAGGCUGGGCGGCCAUGGUCCCACCGUGAAGGCAUAUCAGGAGGGGAGACUUGAAAAGCUACUGAAAAUGAAUGGCUCUGAGGAUCUUCCUGAGUCCUAUGACUAUGACCUUAUCAUCAUUGGAGGUGGCUCAGGAGGACUGGCAGCUGCUAAGGAGGCAGCCAAAUAUGGCAAGAAGGUGAUGGUCCUGGAUUUUGUCACUCCAACCCCUCUUGGAACUAGAUGGGGUCUUGGAGGAACAUGUGUGAAUGUGGGUUGCAUACCUAAAAAACUGAUGCACCAAGCAGCCUUGUUAGGACAAGCCAUACAAGACUCUCGCAACUUUGGAUGGAAUGUCGAGGAGACAGUUAAACAUGACUGGGAAAAAAUGACAGAAGCAGUGCAGAAUCAUAUUGGUUCUCUGAACUGGGGCUACCGGGUAGCUCUGCGGGAGAAAAAGGUCGUCUAUGAAAAUGCUUAUGGGCAGUUUGUUGGUCCUCAUAGGAUUAAGGCAACAAAUAAUAAAGGCAAAGAAAAAAUUUAUUCAGCAGAGAGAUUUCUCAUUGCCACUGGUGAAAGGCCACGUUACUUGGGCAUCCCUGGUGACAAAGAAUACUGCAUCAGCAGUGAUGAUCUUUUCUCUUUACCUUACUGCCCGGGUAAGACCCUGGUGGUCGGAGCAUCCUAUGUUGCUUUGGAAUGUGCUGGAUUUCUUGCUGGUAUUGGUUUAGAUGUCACUGUUAUGGUACGGUCCAUUCUCCUUAGAGGAUUUGACCAGGACAUGGCCAACAAAAUUGGUGAACACAUGGAAGAACAUGGUGUCAAGUUUAUAAAACAGUUUGUACCAAUUAAAAUUGAACAAAUUGAAGCGGGGACACCAGGCCGACUCAGGGUGGUAGCUCAGUCUACCAACAGUGAGGAAACCAUUGAAGGAGAGUAUAAUACGGUGUUGCUGGCAAUAGGAAGAGAUGCUUGCACAAGAAAAAUUGGCUUAGAGACUGUGGGUGUGAAGAUAAAUGAAAAGACUGGAAAAAUACCUGUCACGGAUGAAGAGCAGACCAAUGUGCCUUACAUCUAUGCCAUUGGGGAUAUAUUGGAAGAUAAGCUGGAGCUCACACCAGUAGCAAUCCAGGCAGGAAGAUUGCUGGCUCAGAGGCUUUAUGCUGGCUCCACUGUCAAGUGUGAUUAUGAAAAUGUUCCAACAACUGUAUUUACUCCUUUGGAAUAUGGUGCUUGUGGCCUUUCUGAAGAGAAAGCUGUGGAGAAAUUUGGGGAAGAAAAUAUUGAGGUUUACCAUAGUUACUUUUGGCCUUUGGAAUGGACAGUUCCAUCAAGAGAUAACAACAAAUGCUACGCAAAAAUAGUCUGUAAUAUUAAAGACAAUGAACGUGUUGUGGGCUUUCAUGUAUUGGGUCCAAAUGCUGGAGAAGUUACACAAGGCUUUGCAGCUGCGCUCAAGUGUGGACUGACCAAAAAGCAGCUGGACAGCACCAUUGGAAUCCACCCCGUCUGUGCAGAGGUAUUCACAACGUUGUCCGUGACCAAGCGCUCUGGGGGAAGCAUCCUCCAGACGGGCUGCUGAGGUUAAGCCCCAGUGUGGAUGCUGUUGCCAAGACUCCAAACCACUGACUUGUUUCCUUGCCCAAAUCCAAGGCGAAGUUUUCAGGAAGAUUGUUGGGCUCUCUUCGCACCUGUGUGCCCUGUGCUUACCACAACCCAAGGCCCCCUUGGAUCUUAUGGGUAGGAGGUGGUGAGUGGAAGACAGGCAACAUCACACUGGGGUCACUGUGAUGGACUCGAAACUGACAUUUGGCAGUGCAUCAAAGGGAUGCAUCCAUGAAGUCACCAGCCUCAAGCCUGUGGGGUGGGCGGUGAUGGAACAACUGUUGAAUCAGUUUUAGCAUGACCUUCCCUUUAUGGGUUUUCUUAUUCUCUUGUCAGACUUUCUGAUGUUGAUUGUUGUUGUUGUUGUUUCUCCAUGGUGUCAGUAAUACUGGAGAUGAAAAAUGUUAGCAGUCAAUUUUUGUCCAAAAGCAAGUCAUGGCUGGAGUAUCCAGUAAGGUAUCUUGUUGCAUGGAAGGGAUGAGCUGGCCCACUUGGCUACACAGGCUUGUCCCAUGAAAAAGAACUAUUUUACAACUAAAUUGUACUCUUCUACUUUACUGGAACUGUUUUAGUAGUGUGGAACUGUUUUAGUAGUGUCUUGUUUAAUAAGUUAUAUGUCCAAAAUAAGUAAAUUGACUCUGGCCAAAUUUGCCCCCAUGUGCUACAUCACUGAUCAUUAUUUUAAGUUUGGUUUAGGCCAACUUAUUUGAAGUAAUAUUUCAUUGCACGGAACUUGGUAGUAUAGUAUGAUUCCUACCAUUAUUCAUUGUGGAUGCAGAUAUACACCUGAAAUGGGGAAAAACAGUAAAUGUCUUACCUUAGUUUAUUGUGUGUUGGUCUAAGUGAGCUGAGAUUGUUUGCAGUGUGAAACACUUAACUUUUUAUUUUUAUUUUUCGGUAGCUUUAGCUUUCAGCUAGAAACACAAAAUUUCAUGUCUUGCAUGCACGUGCGCGCAUGUGUGUGUAAGUAUCUAUCCCUUCCUAAGAACUACAUUCAUAGGAAAAUAGAUCUUUUCAUGCUUAAUGACUUAAGUCUUCUAUGGUAAUUGCCUUUUUGAGAAGUUGUUAAUAUCAGAAGUUCUUACUAUUAUUUUUGAACACAGGUGGAUGUGAAGGAUCUUUAUUUAAAAACCAAGUGGUUUUGACUUUUUCUGGUGAACGAAUGACUGUACUUGGUGGGAUUUUGGCAGAAGUGUUUAUGCUCUGUUAACAUUCCAACUUGUGCUAUUACAAAGAGGUGUUAACUCCUCAGUUAAGUAUUUCUGUGAAAAUGUGCUGGCUAAGGAUUAUAUUUAGGCUGUCUUCUCACUAUAGAAGUUGAAUUUUGAAUAUGUGCUGUGGACAUCAGGCCUCCCACCAGAAGUUCUUGUCACUCCUUUUUUAUUCCCUCCUCUCUACCCAUUUUUCUCAGCUCCAGCAUGGAGUGUUUGUUUCAAAGUACAUUUCUGGGCCACCUCAGGGAACUCAUGCAUCUGCCUGGCAUUUAGUCAGCAGAGCACCUGACCCUAUCCCACAGGGCUCUGCCUCACAUCCUCAUCCCAUCUGGUUAUAUGAAGAAAAUGGGAAAAGGGAAAAAGGAGAGGGGAAUUGAGGCAGUUGACUGUCCAAUUUUAUUUUUGUUUUUUAUUUUCUCCAAGUCCACCGAUCUCUUAGAACAAUAGGCAGUAUGAGAUAUUUGUGCCCAAUCAUGCUGUGGGUUUUCUCUUCUUUAUUGGAAUGGAACUUUCUGCCCCACAAGAAAGAUUAUAUUUUAUAAAGUUGUCUUGUUUAGAUUCUGUAAUUGCCCAGUGUACUGAAAACCAUACUAAAUUCCAUGUGUUUUUCUUACAAAUCUUCUGAAAAAACCAAUGUGAAACAUUAAAAAGUAUUAAUAUCCA